GCUUUGAGAAUAAUCAUCAGCCUUAAAUUAACAAGGAUUGAUUGUGUGCUCCUCAUCCUCCUGGUUUGGUUUGAAUCAGAAGAAGCUUUGGCUGUGGCGUCGGGGAGGCGAAGAGGUGAAUGAAGGUCCCUUCCAAGGGGGCAGCACUGGAAGAACCUUUAUGGGCUCCUAAUGAAGUGCAGGUGGACGAUUGACUGAUGAUAAUUAAGGUCAACAUGGAUUUGUGGCUCUUUCUCCUUUUGCUCGGAAGUGGCCUGAUAAGUGUAGGUGCUAACAACGUUACAACAGAGCCACCCACAACAGCGUCCACCUCCCCCAGGAGCCCCACCAAAGCUCCCACAGCAGGUCCUGAGGAUGGGACCACACCCAACACCCACAGACUCAACAUGAGCACUCCGGGGACUGUUCCUACCACAGCGCCAAAACCUCCUCCAACCACAGCUGCCAGAAUCUCCCCCAAUGCCACCACUGGCAGCCUCAACAUCUCCUCCACGCUGGGGACAACCCAGCCUGUGCCUCCAGCCCCAUCCCUGCUCCCCAGCGUGACGCCGUCGGCCCCACGCGCCACCGUCCCCAGCACGGAGGCAGAGACCACAGAGAGGAAUUUCAGCAUGCUGGUGACAACACAGGAGACCUCUUCUGCUUCCCACAAUGGUAACUCUGACAGAAGAGAUGAGACUCCCAUUAUAGCUGUGAUGGUGGCCCUGUCCUCCCUCCUAGUCAUAGUAUUUAUUAUUAUUGUUCUGUACAUGUUGAGGUUCAAGAAAUACAAGCAGGCAGGGAGCCACUCCAACUCCUUCCGUCUGUCCAACGGCCGGACAGACGACACAGAGCCCCAGAGCAUGCCCCUGCUGGCCCGCUCGCCCAGCACCAACCGCAAGUACCCCCCGCUGCCCGUGGACAAGCUGGAGGAGGAGAUCAAUCGGCGCAUGGCCGAUGACAACAAGCUCUUCAGGGAGGAGUUCAACGCUCUCCCAGCCUGUCCCAUCCAGGCCACGUGUGAAGCUGCUUCCAAGGAGGAGAACAAGGAGAAGAACAGAUAUGUGAACAUUUUACCCUAUGAUCAUUCCAGGGUUCACCUGACUCCUGUGGAAGGGGUCCCUGACUCCGACUACAUCAACGCUUCCUUCAUCAAUGGGUACCAAGAGAAAAACAAAUUCAUUGCUGCACAAGGACCAAAGGAAGAAACAGUGAACGAUUUUUGGAGGAUGAUUUGGGAGCAAAACACAGCAACAAUUGUCAUGGUGACCAACCUGAAGGAGAGGAAAGAGUGUAAAUGUGCUCAGUACUGGCCAGACCAGGGCUGCUGGACCUACGGGAACAUCCGGGUGUCCGUGGAGGACGUGACCGUGCUGGUGGAUUACACCGUGCGCAAGUUCUGCAUCCAGCAGGUGGGAGAUGUCACAAACAAGAAGCCUCAGCGCCUGGUGACCCAGUUCCACUUCACCAGCUGGCCUGACUUUGGGGUGCCCUUCACCCCCAUUGGGAUGCUGAAAUUCCUGAAGAAGGUGAAGACCUGCAAUCCCCAGUAUGCAGGAGCCAUAGUGGUGCACUGCAGUGCCGGGGUGGGCCGCACGGGCACGUUCAUCGUCAUCGACGCCAUGCUGGACAUGAUGCACACGGAGAGGAAGGUCGAUGUCUACGGCUUCGUCAGCCGCAUCCGCGCCCAGCGCUGCCAGAUGGUACAGACAGAUAUGCAGUAUGUGUUCAUAUACCAAGCACUUCUGGAGCACUAUCUGUACGGUGACACUGAGCUGGAGGUGACCUCCUUAGAGAUCCACCUCCAGAAGAUCUACAACAAAGUGCCAGGGACCAGCAGCAACGGGCUGGAGGAGGAGUUCAAGAAGCUCACUUCAAUCAAAAUCCAGAAUGACAAGAUGAGAACGGGCAACUUGCCAGCCAACAUGAAGAAGAACAGGGUGCUUCAGAUAAUUCCAUAUGAGUUCAACCGAGUAAUCAUUCCAGUGAAGAGAGGGGAGGAGAACACAGACUAUGUCAACGCUUCCUUCAUUGACGGCUAUCGCCAGAAGGAUUCCUACAUCGCCAGCCAGGGGCCGCUGCAGCACACGAUAGAGGACUUCUGGAGGAUGAUCUGGGAGUGGAAAUCCUGCUCCAUAGUGAUGCUGACAGAGCUGGAGGAGAGAGGCCAGGAGAACAAGAGCCGGCAGAUCCGACAGUUUCACUUCCAUGGCUGGCCAGAGGUUGGGAUCCCCGGGGAUGGGAAGGGGAUGAUCAACAUCAUUGCAGCGGUGCAGAAGCAGCAGCAGCAGUCUGGCAACCACCCCAUCACUGUGCACUGCAGUGCUGGAGCAGGAAGAACGGGCACCUUCUGUGCGCUGAGCACUGUCCUGGAGAGGGUGAAGGCAGAGGCCAUCCUCGAUGUCUUUCAGACAGUCAAGAGUUUAAGACUACAGAGGCCACACAUGGUGCAGACACUGGAACAGUACGAAUUCUGCUACAAGGUGGUGCAGGAAUACAUUGACGCCUUCUCAGACUACGCCAACUUCAAGUGAAGAAAAACAGGAACAAAAAAAUCCACACCCACCCUCCCUGAAACAAAUGACAGAAGAGUUGCCUUCUUUAAUAUUUUGUAAUAUUCUGUUUGUUAAUAUACCCCCCCAAACAAAACAAAAAACAAAACCUAUGUGUAUAUAUCUUAACUGUUUUAGAGGUUGGUACCAUAAGCUUCAUAUUAGCUGGAGAUUUUAUAUGUAGCAAAGUGUUAGUGCAGAUACUGUUGGCUCCUUUUUUUCCAAUGUUUUAUUGGGGAAUUAAAUAGCUUGAUGUUUGGAUUAAUAUUGUCAUA